AUAUUUCGUUUCAUCAUAGAGUGAAAUCGGAUCCGCAAGAGCACACCUAUACUUCACUGGCAGAGCUUUUGCUACAAUACUCACGGUACGAUGAGCUCUGCUGAUGCUACCGAGAGAUCUGCCAAACGACUCAAGAUGAGCCAUGAAAACUCAGCGAACGGGGACUCAUCAAAUCGAAACAAGAAUAAAAAUAAGGGCAAAUAUCUUACUCACAAAGCACGGCAUUCAACCCAGCCUAAUGGGAGACCUACAAACCGGAUAGGACCAGCAAUCAGUGCGUCGGGCAUCCACAGUGGCGACGUCGGCAUAUUCGUUACCAGCGACAAGGGUCAGGAGAGGAAGUGCAUACAAGAGCUCUCAGAUAUAUUGAGCGAGUAUAUCGACCAGGAUGCCCAACCAGCCGAUCAAACUACGCAAAGCAAUUCGGACAAUGGAGAUGAUGGAGAUGAUGGAGGCGAUGAAGAGGUAGAUAUCGAAGCCGGUAUACUUGCAGAGCUGGACUCCCUACGACCAAAACAUCCGACGUCGAGCGCAUCGAUCCAGAAGCUUUCCUUCAUCACACUGGACAUCCCUUGCGUCUCAUUCGUGCGAUUCCCUUUACCUUCAGCAACGACACCAACACCAGACCCCGUCGAGAUCGUACGCGAAAUCUGCCUUUCAGCAUCCUCCAAAGAUUCUACCGCUCCACGAAGUCGAUAUAUCAAGAGGCUCACCCCAAUAACCCGGAUGCGAAAGACUCUGAACAAUGGUCUCGAAAGCCUCUGUGAUGAAGUCUUGCCUCCCCAAUUCCAAGUCGAGCCUGAUGGCAAUGGUAGUGAGACCACGAUAAAUGGCUGCAAAUUCGCCAUUCGACCUACGAUACGAAACAACAACAAGCUUGACCGAGACCAGGUCAUUCGGGUGGUAGCUGACAAGAUCGGCGCCCAUGGUCAAGGAAAGCAUACUGUUGACCUGAAAGGGUACGACAAGCUGGUCCUGGUCGACGUGUAUAGAAAUGUGGUGGGCAUGAGUGUUGUUGGUGACGAGUUCGAAAAGCUUAAGAGGUUCAACCUGGCUGAAAUUCAUGCCUCAUUGCUGAGUGUCGACUAGCCUCUGCAAGCUAGAUCCCUGAUUAACAAACGACGAAGUUGGAUUCCAGGGCCGGAAAGUCCAUCUCCGCAGCGCUAGCCACCAUUCCA